AUAGUACUUUAAAUUCAAUACAAAGAGAAAGAUAGGUAGAUUCCAGAUCAAUCAUGUGCUGUUGCUCAUAUUUCCCAAAAAUAACAUUAUAAAACAUUCUGUAAUGUUUUUAUAAUUCAUAGUACACUUUUAGUACUAUUAGCUGAGAGAUAGCAGCUUAUUCUUACAUUAUAUCAACAUGUAAUCAGCUGUCAAGACUUUACCUUGAGUCUUUAAAGUUUGGUAAGAGUGAAUGAGAUCUAAAGAUGGAAAGUAGUCAACAUGUUUUCUUUGAAGAGUUCUUGUCUGCACCACCUAAUGGAGUGAAUGAGCAGCAGGUUUUGCCAAGCUAUUUGAGCUGUGGAUCUUAUUAUGAGAGCUUUGAUUUGGGUACUUCAAAUGUUUCAUUCUCUGAGCUCAUCACUUCAUCCCAAGCAGAAAUUCCCAGCUUUGCAUUUCCUUAUAAUGAGUAUUGCCCUUUUAACAAUGGCUAUUUGAGGCCUGAGGAUGUUAUUGAUCCAUCUGAGUUCAUCAAGAAUGCUGAACCUCCUUUUCCUGUCCUGCAAGACCAUGAAUAUAAAUCAGGGCAAGUGGAAAAUGGACAAGCUUGUGAGGUUCUCUUGAAUGAUCUUCGCGAUAAUGGUAGCUCAUCAAAGGAUCAUGACAAGGACCAAGCUUGUUUCGAAAAUGUGCUAGUUUUUAAUGUGGGAUCAUCUGAUCAGGACAGGAAGAGAAAAUCUACAAAGGUUGAAGGGCAGCCCUCGAAGAAUUUAAUGGCAGAAAGAAGGCGAAGGAAGCGAUUGAAUGACCGUCUUUCCAUGCUCAGAUCAAUUGUUCCUAAGAUAAGCAAGAUGGACAGGACUUCUAUAGUUGGCGACACCAUAGAUUAUGUGAAGGAUCUUCAGGAAAGGAUCCACAAGUUAAAAGAGGAAGUCGAUACAGAAGCUGAAAGCAAUCAUAUGAACUUGAUGGCAUCCUCGAAUGAGGACACUAAUGAAGUCAUUCCAAUAAGCCCGACUAAGUUUGAUGUCGAAAGGAAGGAUGAGAGUACACGGAUUGAGAUCUGUUGUGCAACAAAGCCCGGACUACUGCUGUCAACAGUGGAAACGAUUGAAGCAUUAGGCCUGGAUAUUCAACAAUGUGUUGUUAGUUGUUUCAGUGAUUUUAGCCUGCAAGCUACUUGUUCCGAGGCGGUGGACAACCAGAAGUUUGUAGGAUGUGAAGAUAUCAAACAAGAGUUAUGCCGGAAUGCAGGCUAUGCAGGCUAUGGCGGGAAAUGUUUUUAGAAGAAAUCCGCGACCAGCAAGAGUUAUGCCGGAAUGCAGGUUAUGCAGGCUAUGGUGGGAAAUGUUGUUAGAAGAAAUCCGCGACCAGCAGACAUGACGAACAUGUCUGAGCUGAAGCAAAUGGGAUGUUGUUAUCUUUUGCCAUGUUAGCUGUAAUGAGUUAACGUUUUCUUCUUGCUGUUGUUUCAAUAAUUAGAUUGAUAUAAUGAUGUCUAAUGUUUUAUAAAUAUUUUACCAUGAUCUAAGGAACAUA